AUGGAGGCGCGUGGACAAGGAAUCAAGUGCCAUCGGUGCCGCAACAUGGUAUCGACGCUCGCGCACGCCGUACAGGAGACGAUACCGGAACGGGCGAUGAGCUUCCGAGCAGUAGGGGCACGCUAUGAAGAAUAUGACACCGUCAUAGGCGAUGAGUUUUCAGGGUAA